AUUUCUUGUCCUUUUCAUCUGUACGCAUGUUGAUUGUCUUUCUUCAUUUUGUAAUGAAGAAACUAAUUGAUGAAAGCAAGUAAUAAUCCAAUAAAAAAAAGGCUAAUCGAAGAAGUUAGGAUGAAAUCAGUGAAAAGUGAAAAAAUAUUCAUUGAACUUAUGUAUAAAACCUGUACAUGGAAAGUGCGUUCUUACAAAAGAAUGAUAACUGCAUAGCAACGUGGAUUUUUAGAAAAGGAAAUUCGACGUAUACAAAGAAAAAAAAAACACCAAAAAAUCAACAUUAUUAUAAAUCCAAUAUGAAUAUAAUUUGAAAGUGAAUGAAAAACGCAAUGAUGAAUUGAAAUUCAUGAAUUGCAAUCAUGAAAUGAUCUUCCAACGAAGGUGAAAAAAAAUGUUUGUACCAAAAAAAAAGUGCUAACGGAUUCAGUAAUAGUGAACGAAACAUUGACCGAUACAAUAAGCUAGGUGAAUCUUUUGAAAAUUUAAACACGUUUAAAUGUAAAUUUAGUGAUCGGGACCCUAAUGAGCAUAAAUAUGAUGAAUCAAACGCAGGAAAUUCAGGAAGCCAUUAUUUUUGAAAUUCGACUUUGCACUUCGGUUGCUACAUACUGAGAAUUAAAUGAUUAAAUUGAAGCAUACAUCGAAUUAACACGUUCAUCGGGUAAUUGAUUGAGAAAACAAUCAUACACAAUCAAUGCAAAAAAGGGGAAUUCUACUAUCUUCAAACCAAACGCAUUCAGGAUGGGUAUUGAAACGAAUGAUCAAAUUUUGAAGACUGUACUUAUGAUUUUCGUUUUGAGAGAAACAUACGCGCUAGAUCUACAAGGUCCAGUAUUUUCUCAUGAACCACCUCACAAAGUUGAGUUCUCGAACAACACUGGAGGACAUAUCGAAUGCUCUGGACACGGUUCACCACAACCAGAAAUUGAGUGGUCACCAGUUCCACCGCAUCAGGAUUUGGUUUACUCGCUACAAAACGGAAGCCUUAUCUUCUAUCCUUUUACAGCAGAGAAAUACUCAUUUGAAAUUCAUUCCACCAUUUACAGGUGUAAAAUACGGAAUGUAAUCGGCACGAUCUUGAGUAGAGAAGUAAUCGUUCGAGGCGUUGUUAACCAGAAGUACAAAGUACAAGUACACGAUGAGUACGUGAUGUCUGGCAAUACAGCCCUAUUAAAAUGUCAGGUACCGAGCUACAUGAAUGAAUUUGUCAUGGUGACUGCAUGGGUGCAGGACAACGGCAUGCAUCUAUAUCCGAAUACAGAUAUUGGUGGAAAGUAUAACGUACUUUCGAACGGCGAACUCUACAUUAAUAACGCAAGUCCAGCAGACGGUUUGAAAUCCUACACUUGCCGAACAAUCAAUCGGUUAACAGGUGAUGUUCAAAUGUCUGCAUAUCCAGGCCGAAUCAUUGUGACUGAGCCAAAAGGUUUUGUGCAACCACGAAUCAACGUUGAGAAACAUUCCGCCCGGCAUGUGGUACUCAAUGGACAAACGACGCUGCCCUGCAUCGCACAAGGCCAUCCAGUGCCAACCUAUCGGUGGUUCAAAGAAGAAAAUGAGCAAUUAACACCCCUUCAACUAAGCGAAAGGAUAUCAAUGGCAUCAGCGGGAUUAUUGAAAAUAUCAAAGGCCAGAUUAGACGACAGCGGAAAAUAUUUAUGCUGGGUUAACAAUACAGCUGGUGAAGAAACAAUUCAAGUUUCUUUAACUGUAACAGCUCCAAUAACAGUUCACUUGCAGCCACAAGUGCAGACCGUCGAUGUGGAUAAAGAUGCUCAAUUCCAGUGUAUCGUGUCUGGUCAUCCAGUAUAUGAAAUAAAUUGGCUUCAUGAUGGAAAACCAAUUAUACGAGAUAAUAGAAUUGAAAUUCAUACCGAUCCACCUCGGUUAAUCAUCAGAAAAAUUCAAAAAGAAGAUCAUGGAAUGUAUCAAUGUUUCGUGACCAACGAAUGGGAACAAACCCAGUCGACGGCCGAACUCCAACUGGGUGAUGCAUCACCUGAGUUACUUUAUUGGUUUUCGGAACAAACGCUCCAACAAGGACCUACAGUCUCCCUAAAGUGUGUGGCAACUGGGAACCCACCGCCGCAGUUCACAUGGACCCUAGAUGGUUUUCCGAUUCCGGAUAGCUCUAGGUUUCUAGUCGGACAAUACGUAACAAUUCAUGAUGAUGUAAUCAGUCAUGUUAACAUAACAAACGUUAAGGAAGAGGAUGGUGGUGAAUACAUGUGUACGGCCCAAAAUAUCAUCGGAAAAGUGUCCCAUAGUGCCAAAGUAAAUAUUUAUGGUCUACCAUUUAUACGUGAAAUGCCGAAAAUCACUGGCAUAUCUGGGACUGACUUAAUCGUCAAAUGUCCUGUGGCAGGAUAUCCAAUAGAUAAAAUACACUGGGAAAGAGAUGGACAAACUUUACCCAUCAACCGCAGACAAAAAGCUUACAACAAUGGCACACUUGUGAUUGAACAAUUGCAACGCACAGAAGAUGCUGGAACAUACACAUGUAUGGCACAAAAUAAAGUCAAACAAACAUCCCGGAGAAAUGUUGAGAUUCAAGUUUUAGUUCCGCCGAAAAUAAUGCCAAUCCAGUCAAUGACAAACAUGUUGAAGGAGGGCAUGAGAGCUGCUAUUUCAUGUCAAAUUUUAGAAGGAGAUCUCCCACUUACAUUUCGCUGGGAACGAAAUGGAAAGGCACUGCUUGGCACUGGCAAUGACGAGGUCAUCCGUCGUAUUGAUGAGUAUUCAGCAUCAUUGGUGAUCGACCACAUUUCAUCAGAGCAUUCUGGCAACUAUACCUGUAUCGCGUCAAAUGUCGCCGGAAGUGAACGUUUCACGGUUCAAGUAACGGUAAAUGUUCCUCCAAAAUGGAUUCUACAGCCCCAAGACUCGAGCGUUCAAGCGGGUGAAGAUAUUUCAUUGCAUUGCCAAGCAAAUGGUUGGCCCAAACCGAUUGUCACAUGGAGAAAGGCAAUUGGAUCGACUCCAGGUGAAUAUAAGGAAUUUUUAUACGAGCCAAACGUGUCAUUGUACGGUAACGGGUCUUUGAACUUCAAAAAAAUUACAAAAGAAGCUCAAGGACAUUUCUUAUGUGAGGCAAAAAACAACAUAGGUGCUGGUGUUAGCAAAGUUAUUUUUCUUAAAGUAAAUGUGCCGGCCCAUUUCACAACGAAAAACAAGCAAAUAUCUGUCGCAAAAGGAAAGCAAGUACAUGUACAGUGCAAUGUACAAGGUGAUACUCCAAUUGAUAUCAAAUGGAAAAUUCAAAAUUCUCAACAGCAUUUAGAUUCAUCCACUGAUUCAAGAUAUACGAUACGUGAACAAGUCUUGGACGAUGGCAUGGUUUCGGAGCUUGGGAUUUCGCACACAUUUCGCCAUGAUACUGGCGUAUACAUUUGUCAAGCAAGUAAUUCAUUUGGCCAGGAUGAAAUGUCUAUGCAAGUUAUAGUACAAGAAGUACCUGAACAGCCAAAAAGCUUAAGCAUAAAUUCGAAACAAUCGCGUAGUAUACAGUUGACAUGGACACAACCAUUUUCAGGCAACAGUCCAAUUGAAGAAUACAACAUACAGUUUAAAACUGUCGUGGAUACUUGGCAAGCAGCUGAGAGAGUCACUGUGCCCGGCACACAGUCCGUUAUAAACAUUGAUAACUUACAUCCAGCCACUGCAUAUCACAUAAGAAUCGCUGCUGAAAAUAAGCUUGGAUCAUCGGAACUUUCGGAAGUGGUCCAAGUGACUACACUGGAAGAAGUUCCUUCGGGUCCACCACUUAAUGUGCGCGGCGAAGCAAAGAGUUCAACUGAGAUUAUUUUAUUCUGGGAUCCUCCAAAUAAAAGCGAUUGGAAUGGGAACAUUCUUGGGUAUUAUAUUGGUUAUCAAUUAAUACCGGAUUCGCCUGGUCCAACUCAGGGUUUCAAUUUGAAAACAGUGGAAACUCGAACGCAUUUUGAACUUGAAACAUUACUGGAAAAUCUGAAUAAAUUCACGCACUAUAACAUUUUUGUACAAGCAUACACAAGUCAAGGUAAUGGACCACCCAGCAAAGAGAUUCAAAUAACAACUUUAGAAGAUGUUCCAUCAAGCGCUCCAGAGAGUCCGAAGUGCGAUGUUUUGAGUUCAACUUCAAUUUAUAUAACGUGGUCACCGCCACACGUCGAUAGCCAAAAUGGCAAAGUGCGAGGUUAUAAAAUAUUCUACAUUGCGACCGAUGAUAUCCAUGUUAAAGAAGUGCACGUUGUGAAAUCGAAUAAUCAAUACUUGACUGUGGACAAUUUGAAAAAGUACACCAACUACAGUGUUUGGGUACUGGCAUAUACGAAAGUUGGCGAUGGUGUGAAAACGAAACAACUAUUCUGUCGCACUUACGAAGAUGUACCAUCUGCUCCACAAGAUAUAAAAGCGAUCCCUGCAUCAAAUACCAAAAUUAUCGUUUCAUGGCUGCCGCCACUCAAUAUGAACGGUGAAAUUACCGGAUACACUUUUUAUAUGCUACCUUCGGAAGGUGGUAGCCAUGAAGGCAUCCACAAAAAGGUGCUAGGCUCGAACGUCGAAGUUCACGAAGCACACCGACAAGAGGGGGUAACUUAUGAUUUCUGGGUAACGGCAUCAACGAAAAUCGGCGAAGGUGAAAAAACAAGAAUGGUUAAAGUGCCACCAAACAACAAAGUUCCGGCUCGAAUUAUAUCAUUCAGCCGUAGUAUCGAGAGUCCAUGGAAGGAGAAUCUGUUAUUAUCGUGUCGAAAGGUUGGUGUACCAUCACCAGUAACAAUUUGGCGACAGGAGAGUCAGGCAAUGGAGACAAACGCAAGAAAAACAAUUGCCAAAAAUGGCACGCUUUUUAUACGGGAUUGUAUGAGUACAGAUGAGGGAAAUUACACGUGUACCGUAGAAAAUACAUGGGGCAAAGAUGAAAUUGUUUAUAGCAUCAUCAUUAAAGUUCCACCCGAUCCACCAAUAUUAACUGUCGUCAAUGCAUUUCCGGAAAGUUUAAAACUCGAAUGGGUUGACAAUAAAAAUGGUGGCAGUCAAAUUUUAGGCUAUGUUAUUAAUUUCAAACGUGAGAAUGGUGAUUGGGAAGAAUUACAAAUCGAUUCGAAAACUAAUAAUCAUUUAUUGGGAAAUUUAUGGUGCGGCACAAAGUAUCAAUUGUAUGUGACCGCCUAUAAUAAAAUAGGCACAGGUUUGCCCUGUGAUAUCGUUAAUACACACACCACUGGAAGCCCACCAGUUCAACCAAAGCAUUCUCAAACAAUUACCCAAAAUGCGACCAGUGUCACAUGCUGGCUGGAUUCAUGGGGAGAUGGCGGCUGCGGUAUUUCUUAUUUUGUCGUCGAAUGCAAACUUUAUUCGCGAUCACAGUGGAACGUGAUUGCCGGUCACAUAGCACCAACUGAACGCAUUCACACUGUCGCCGAUUUGCAUCCAAACACCAAAUAUCAAGUUCGCGUAACAGCUUACAAUAAUGCGGGAUCAACAAGUGCUGUUUAUAAUUUUACCACGUCAACGUUACAAGGCAUAAAUUAUAAUGCAGAUCAUUCUAACCCAAUAUCACACAUGGGAGAUAGUACAUUCGCCAAUUAUAAGGUCUUCAUUCCAAUUUGCCUGUCAAUAUUUGUCAUAAGCGGUUUUAUUGGCAUUGUUUUCAUAAUGCGAAGGCGAAAACAGAUGAAUCAAAGUAGACUCACAUCAUCAUCUAUGUCUGAUUCUCCAUCAACCACUAAUUUACAAAACAAACAAAAUCGAGAUCAACAAUACCAUGCGGUACGAUGCCAAAGCAACCGAAAUAGUAAUUCAAAUGAUUCAGGGAGCUACAAGGCGGAGGGAAAUGAAUACAUCGAAGACAUUUGCCCAUAUGCAACUUUCCAAUUGAACAAACAAACGUAUAGUGAGAGCUCGUAUAGUGGAAAUGUAUACAGUGGUCCCUAUCACUCAGUGCGCGGCUCAUUUGUCUAUCACGACGCCAAGCCAGAUGGACAUUCAAAAGAGCCUGAAUACACAAAAGUAAGACGAAAAGGGCAUAACCUCCGCGAUCCACACUCAGAAAGUCAAGAAUCGGACAAUCCAGGUUCAACAGAUUCAGAAGUGAGGAAAAUCUUAACGCUUCACAUACCUAUUACAGAGUACGAUACAUUGGGUUCUGAAUCAGAUAAUGAAGCCACAACGAGGAAUGUGAACCAAACGAAAUAUAGACAACGAGAAGAUCAACAGCAAGAAACCACAUCAUCGUCGUCAGAGACGUCGGGUAGCUUGUCAAGAAAGUCAAAGUCAACAUAUUUGUCACGAAAACCUGGCAAAUCAAUGCAGAAUCUGACAAAACGACAUGUACGAAGCUCCAGCGGUUACUCUAGCCACAACGAAGAAACUACUUUUAGCAUAUCUAAUUAUCCGAACUACGAAUCACAUAUGCCGCCACCGGCUCGAUUUCUUGAUACGGCUGGUGACAAAAAGACAACGGGCAGUUCUCCACGGAUUCGAGCCAAUCCAAAGCUGCAUCGAGAAGCAUUCCAAAUCAACGUAUGAAAUAAUCUGACUAUUGAUAAUAACUUCAAUAAUCAGCACACACAUUUGACAGCACUCCAUCGAAUUACGAGUCCGCAAAAAUCAUAGGAAUCUUUAAAUUUAAAUAAAUUUAGUUAUUUAAUUUUCUUUCUGGAAACAAUUAAUUUUAAAAAUUACUGUUUUUUAAUGUGUUGUGACAAUGGAAAAAAAAAAGAAGAAAACUGUAAUGAAAAGAAAAUUCCAUUAAGAAUUAAUAACAGAUAUCCUAAGAGUCUUAAAAACGAAGCUGUAACCCAUUAGACUGGACAUACAUUUCACAGAGGCCCGCCACACGAAACGAUACUUGUGCAGGCACGUAUGAACAAGAAACGUCGUCCUGGAAUGGUUAUAGCUGUGUGCACAAGUUAUAAUUUAUGAAUUGCACAUAUUUGGGUUGUGUGCUCAAUGCCGUUCUAUCCCAAGUAGUUCCAUGUGAACUGUAUAAAGAUAUGUUAUAAUUUGUGUACACACUGUACUACACAGCUCGGACCACUGAGAUCGACGUUUCUUGUGCAUACAUGCCUGCACAAGUAUCAUUUCUUGUGGCAGGCCUUUUUGAUUUAAUACUCCAUAGAAAAUUCGCGCUCGAGCAUAGUAAGCGUCGACACUAAGAACGGUUGGUCUGACGCUCUGUGUGGCGUAUAAGGCAAAACAACACUACUACAUGCGCGCGUUGCUUCAACACACACAGUUCGUUAUAGUGGCCGCGCUCGAAGAGUGUGCAAAGGAGAAAUAAUACAUACGUGCGACGCUCAUCUGACACCUCGUCACACAGAUCGUUCUCAUAUAAGAGCUACGUAUGUAUGUAUUAAUUGCCCUUUGCACACUCUUCGAGCGCGGCCACUAUAACCAGAGAAUACUAUGAGAUAUUUUUAUUCAUA